AUGGACAAGCACAAGAUCAAUGACAAGGCUUUGUUGAAACGUCUCAAUGAGGAGAUCAUGAAGAAGAGGGACACCAAAGAGAGCGUGCUCCUGAAGCUGGACGAGUUGCUGGAAGACAUGGGAGAUCCGAAAGGCUACCUCGAGAUGAAGUUGGAGGCCGCUGGUUUACGGCCUUGGGGCUGCAAGCGUUUUGGGACUAUUGGGAUUUGGGUAUGA